UUCUAAUUCAACAUGGAGGACUAUGAAAGUGUUCUGUGUGUUAAGAAUGAAUGUUUUAUUUACAAAAUUCCUCCGAGAACAAGCAACCGAGGAUACAGGUACUCAGAUACGUUCCUUUAGCAUGAUUUUUUGUCUCUGAACUAAUCUGAUCUUUACGCGUUCACGGGUUAACUGGAAAGAGCCAUUUGGGAAAAAUUCAUUUUUUUCUUCCUGUUUGGAUAUUUGACUAUAGGGAAUAUCCAGAAUCCAAAUUGAAAGAUAAAUGAAAAAUACUUGUUUUCCGAAAAUCCGCGCUCAUAAUUACAAAUGCCUUUUAUGUUUCUUGAAAUGUUAUGCGUAAAUUAUACAACUUCGAUGAGUGUUAUGUAGAAAUAAUAUCAAAUUACCAAUUAGUGAAUACGUAGCGUUCGCUCUAAUUUAUAUUAGCAUUAACUAUGCUCACGCUGUCUUAAAAUGCACUUCACUUUCACCUUAAAUUGGCCUCAACUGAUUAAAUUUUAGGCUCAUCUUAAAGGUUUUUAAGACAGCAUUAACAACCAUGAAAAAGUUGUCAAUUAUUGUGAUCAAAUUUUGGGCGUUAGUCUUCACCUUCUUCCUUCCGAGGUUGAUGGAAGUCGAUCUUUAAGUAGAGAACAUUGUUUUUAUAAAGUAAAUAAACUUAAUGCCCCUCCCUAGGUGCAUGGGAAAUCUUUACAGAAGGGAUGAUUUUGAAAGUAAUGUACAAAAAAAGAAAGGAAAAAAACAUUGUCUAUCACUAAGGGAGUCCCUGGAUUAUUAAUUAAAAGCACAAGUAACCUUUGAUAAACUAAUAGAUUUGCCUUUCUAUCUGCCUUCUGCUUAAUUAAGCAUUAAAGUGCACUUUGUAUUGGUUUACUGUCAUAGUAAUCUAUACUGGAGGCUUGGAGAACACAUGAAAAGUGUGUAAAUCUAGUUGGUAACCUAUCAUGGAUUGACAUCCCAUCCAGGAGGAGAGGAAAUACUCCUCUUUGCUUCCUGCUACCCACUCUGUGAUAAGCUGUAGCAGCAUGGGUCUCUUGGCUCAAAUAUCAAUUUCUUGCUUUCUCAGAGCUGCAGACUGGAAACUUGAUCAGCCAGAUUGGACUGGAAGGUUAAGAGUCUGUGCAAAGGGAAAGGAGUGUUACAUCAAGAUUGAGGACAAGACAAGUGGUGAGUUGUAUCAAUUAAAGGUGACUUCUAGAAUAAAUAAUUAACAUGUAAGAAUGAGAAGGUUACCAGUCAGACAGUGUGAGGUAUGGAAGCUAAAAAUUGUAAUACAUCCUGGGCAAAUAGAAAGGAAGAAGCAGGGUUUCAAUUAGAAGCUGGUUACUGGCAGUCUACCAUCACCUGUGAGCAAGUUCUUGUCUUUGAAUUUCACCCUAGAGUCCUUUUUAGGGUAUGACUGCCUCUUUGCCCCUUAACCCUUUAACACCUAAGAGUAACUAGCAUGUAAUUUCUCUUAACAAUUUAACCUCUGAAUAAAACAUUAAUGUUACAAGAAUUGAGGAAAUGAUCACCAACUAAAGAAGCUGUGGAUAAUGAAACAAAUUCUCCUUAUCAGUAACCUAAGGAAUGUAUAGGGAACAGUAUAGAGAAUAUGCAUACUGAUAUUAGUCUGGAAAGGGUUAAGCAAGCGUUUAAGGAAAAAGCUAUUGAAAUCCCUGGAAGUAGGCCAAGAAUAGAUCACUGUUGGCAACAUUUACUUCGCAUGUUGUUUCAAUCAGUAAAGUUAGUUUUUCAAGAAAAUAUCCCAUAUCCCUUUAAAUUCACAAUUAUAUCAACUAUAGAAUGGGAACUUGAUUAUAGAAAAAUUGCUCAACCCAAAGGUUCUACUCCUGUUAUUUUUGUGUACAGGUGAACUCUUUGCUAAGUGUCCUGUAGAUGAUUACCCAGGGAUUGCAGUGGAAGGUGUUCUUGAUAGCAGCCGUUACUUUGUCUUGAAAAUUGUGGAUGAUGGUGGUAUGUGCUAUUCGGUGUAUUUUUAUUUAGGAAGCAUUUAUUAAUAAUCAUAAUGUUUUAUUUCAUGUUCACUUAAUUAAGUUUAAACCUUUGAAAGCCCACUGAGCUAAAUCUGCGGUAUUUACAGGUACAACUUAAUCUUUUUUCAUUUGGUACAUUUCUCCUGACCAGUUCACCAUUUAAACCCUCAGGGUGACCAGAAUUUAAUUUCUCCUCACAGUAAUACUGCUGAAUUAUUUAUUAAGAUGUUGAGAAUAAAGAAAUGAUCUCCAGCCUAAGAAGCUUUGAUUGUUAAACAAAUUCUCCUUGUCAGAAGCAAAGGAAAAGUGUAGAGAAUACUGUGGAGAAUAUGGUUACUGUGCUAGUGUAUAAAGGGUUAUACCAAAAUUCAAUCUGUCAUUUAGCUGUCUGUCCAUAUAUGCUUUCAUCUGUUAAUUAAUUCAUUCAUAGCAUUUAAACAGAGUACUUUGAUGGAAAUAUUUUGGUUCUAAUUGCAGGGCGUCAUGCUUUUAUUGGAAUGGGUUUCACAGACAGAGGAGAUAGCUUUGAUUUUAAUGUAGCAUUGCAAGAUCACUUCAAGUAUGUUGAUUGCAGAUUGUUUUAUCAUUUGUGGAAUUUUUUUCCAAUAAUUUUUUUUUGUCAUUGAAAAUAUCUUAUCUACAUGUUGAUCUCAAUUUGAGUUGGAGAAGGUGGGAAAUAGCUGAGCAAGAAACAUUUAAAAGUUGCUCACUUCUCAAAGACCACUAAUGGCCUUACUAUGCUCAUUGUCACAACAUGACCAUUAUUGUAUAUUCAACCAAACCACACCAGCAUAUCACGCAAAAAUUGAGAAUUAUAUCAUUAGUAAUGGUUAAUAGUUAUGUGGUCAUAAUGUCUAAAAACCUGAUUAUCUUUUUCUUUUGGGAAAAGUGAAUAUAAUUUUCAGGAUCACAUCAAUAUUUACUUUUAUGAAAAAUUCAUAGUAUUUCUAAGUAUUGAUAUAAAAACCAUUGAAAAUACAAGUGACUACUAUGGUACUGGUCUUACCUUAAGGUUAUUUAAAAUUGAAAAUGAUAAUUGAUAAAUACUUGUUAUAGAAAAUAUGGAUUUUUACAUGUACCGUUCUAUCAAAUUUAGAUUGGAAUUCCAUAUUUUUUGGAUGACCUGUAUUUUGUUUAUAUUUACUCUUGUGUUAUACAUAGAUGGUUGAAACAGAGUGAAAAACUUGCUGCAGAAGCUGAACAACCUGAUCUUACUCCAAAAUUAGACUUGGGCUUCAAAGAAGGUCAAACAAUUCACAUUAAUCUUGGGGUGAGUUGGACUGUCUCUCGCAAUUAAGUACACUUAGAAAUGAAGCUUAACCCUUUAACUCCCAAGAUCUGAUUGUUAAUUCUCCCAUCUAGCUGCUACACACUUGAAUCAAGAUCACAAUUUCUACCUGACAAGUUUGAAUAUUCUCAAUUCCUGUUUGCUGAAUAAUGUAUGGAUAUUAUGCAGAAAAGUUACAGGUUUAUCGCUAGGGAUGCAAUAAAUGAAAGUCUACUACAGUAGGCCUCCAAGAUAUUCAAUACAGUGUACAUCAUGUUCCAAGUGUACACUUAACAAUGACACUUUCCCAUUUCCUUGCUGCAGUCAUAAAAAUUAAUUCAAAGUACUUUGUGCAACUUGUUCUGGGAAAGAAAUUUUGCAGUGGGGACCUAUAUUACAAGACAAGUUGUCCACAUUGCAUGCAAAAAAUUGUUGUUGAGGUAUUUCCUUAUACUAUGUAGCUGUAACUCAUGACUGAAUGUGUGUCCACUUAAAAAGCCCCAACUAGUAAGAAAAACUAAACAGAAAAAAAAACAUGGAAACCAUUACUGCACCAUCAUGUUUUUGGUCAAUCCUCAUACUCUGAAGGCUUCAUUUCAGACAAAGUUCCAAUAUUGACCACAUCAUAUUGCUGGGCAGGACCCCUUUGCCCUUCUCUCAAGGGGAUACUGACAUUGCAUUACAUUGUUUAAGUCAUUUUGCUUCCAACUUCAAGGAGAUUAGUAGAACAUUGGCACUGUUAGACAGAAAAACACAAGGAGCAAUCAUUAUGAUAAACAAGCAACAAGUAGCUAAGAAUGGAGAGGGUUAAAACAUGUUAUGAAAGACAGUGUUUUUCAAGAUGCCUCAACUGUGAUGUAGUUCCUUUCUGUCAUAUUUCAAGAACGUUCAAUAAGUAAAAUGUGAUUUUUAACUUUUCAGAAUCGUGCACCUGGUGCAAGUGCAACAAGCCGUCCUAAGCCAGGUAUGCCUGAUUUGAUACUAACAAAUAAAUGAACAAUUUUUGGAUAAUUGUGGGUUUUGUGAAUGAUAUAAUUUUAUCGCUACAGAAAUGUAUGCAGGUAGGAUUUAAAAAAUUGAUAGGUUAUUUGAAGAAUAAUUUCAUAUGAUGUGACAUUUUCAGCUAAGGAAUCUGUUGAAAUGAGGUUUCAGCCAGUUUCUGACAAAUGUAAUACCCAUCAUACACAGUUUUUAUUCAGUGUGAUCAAUCGAUUUUCAGCAUUUGAAUAGAUCUGUGACAACCAUGGUUAUGCUCAAUACAUGUGACUUUACUCAUAGUCUGGAAAAUCAAAGCAAUGGUUUGGAUAAAGUGUGGCAAAGUCUUGGAUUUUGCUCAAACCAAUGCUUGUGGAGGAGGAAUGUAGAAUGGGAAAUGGUGGACUGAGGCUGGACAUGGGGGUUGCUUGACCUGCUGGUAACUGGCAGAAAUUAAUGGUGUUCUCUGCUGGAGGCCUUAGAUGCACAGACACACAAAGAGGACUAACUAACUAAAUUAAAUGCUUUUGAUCUAGCCAUAAGGCAACUUUGUCUUAAUAUAAUUCAGAAUUCACUUGCCUGACUAUGUUACACACCUGGAAGAUCAUGCAGCUUUAUCUCUAAAAAAUAUGAUUCAUUCCUAACUAAUUUUGGUUCAUUUUCUUAUAGCAGGAGGUGGAUUUGGUGUCAUCCCCCCUCCCCCUGGGGGUUUAGCUCCCAAGCUAGCACCACCCCCAGGGGCAGGGGCAUCACCUGCAUCUGGGAGGAGACCAAUUCCUAAUUUUCAACCUCAGGCUCCCUUCCCUGACAUGGGAAGUUUUGGCUCCAUGUCAACAGUUCCACAACAAAGUCAACAACAGAGUACAACAUCUGAUUGGGGAGAUUUUACUUCUGCAUCAGGGUAA